GGUCACGGGCCUGUGGCUGACGGACGAGGCUCGCGAUUCGCUCAGAAGCGAACAUGACGGCGGUCGGCACCACAUUAAUGAUAAUAAUCAAAACGAUGUGAAAGUACUUAUCGCCGCUUCCACUGGAUUUAUUCCUCCCUCCCCCCGUCCCUCUUUUUUUUUUCCAGCUGUGCCUCUCCGAGCGAGCAAAUGACGAGCGUUUGAAUCCGUUAUUUAGUACCUUGUAGCGGGGCAGAGGCAACCGGCGGCGGGGAAGGAUGUCCCGAUCCACCAACCUGGUCUGGGACGUGAGGAAGCGGUCGCUGGGGCUGGAAGAUCCUCGUUUAAUUCGCUUGUCCUAUUUAGGAAGAAGAGAAUUCAUCCAAAGGCUAAAACUUGAAGCAAAAUUGAGUGUGCAUGAUGGUUGUGUAAAUACAAUUUGCUGGAAUGAUACAGGAGAAUAUAUUCUAUCAGGAUCUGAUGAUACCAACCUAGUAAUAACAAAUCCAUAUAGCAGAAAGGUUAUUUCAACUAUACGCUCAGGACAUCGAGCAAACAUUUUUAGUGCAAAAUUUCUCCCACACACCAAUGACAAACAGAUUAUUUCCUGCUCAGGAGAUGGUGUCAUAUUUUAUACCAACAUAGAGCUAGAUGUAGAAGCAAAUAGACAAUGUCAGUUUAACUGCCACUAUGGAACAGCCUAUGAGAUCAUGACCGUACCAAAUGACCCUUAUACAUUUCUGUCAUGUGGCGAGGAUGGUACGGUUAGAUGGUUUGAUGUGAGAAUGAAGACGAGCUGUACGAAAGAAAAUUGCAAAGAUGACAUUCUAAUCAAUUGUCGCCGUGCUGCUACUUCCAUCGCUAUCUGUCCCUUGGUGCCAUAUUACUUGUCUGUUGGCUGCUCAGAUAGUUCUGUGAGAAUAUAUGAUCGGAGAAUGCUUGGCACAAGAGCUACAGGGAGUUAUAAUGCUCGAUCAACUACUGGAAUGUGUGCAAGAUUUGUACCGCCCCAUCUCACUAACAAGUCUUGUCGCGUGACUUCGCUCUGUUACAGUAAUGAUGGACAGGAAAUUCUUGUUAGUUACUCCUCAGACUACAUUUACCUUUUCAACCCCAAUGAUGAUCAAGGCCGAGAGCUUAAGCUACCUUCAGCAGAUGAGAGAAGAGAACCAGAGAUCCGUCAGCCACCUGUUAAGCGUCUAAGGCUUCGAGGGGAUUGGUCUGAUACAGGUCCAAGGGCCAGACCAGAGUGUGAGCGAGAACGAGAUGGAGAGCAGAGUCCCAAUGUGUCACUAAUGCAACGCAUGUCAGAUAUGCUGUCCAGGUGGUUUGAAGAAGCCAGCGAAAAUGCGCAAAGCAAUUUAAGAGGAAGGGGAAGAUCACGAUCCAGAGGCAAUAUUGGUAGAUCAGAUGUGCCGGGUUCAAACACACCAGGUGCCCUAGAUGAAACAGGAGAGAGUACAAUGGAGGUUAACACUCCGGCUGAUCCACUCCCUCAAUCUUCAUCUUCUUCUACAGUUUCAGCUCCAGCUCCAUCCACAUCCUCAUCAGCUACUGGCUCGUCUUCUACUUCUCUCCUUUCUUCACCUGAUGGUGAACAAAAGCGUACAUCACAGACAACUCAGAAUCCCCCACAGUCAGAAUUAAAACCUCAGCCCAAUCGAUCACCUGGGGUAAGUUUAGUCAGUAGACGCCUACAGCAACUGAGACUUCUGAAGGCCGAACAAAAACAGCAAGAUCUGAUGCAGAAAUCCCCAUCAAAGUCUACCUCUGAUCAUUUCACCCAUGAAGGCUCCUCACUGCACUCUAAAUAUUCAGAUUCUCCUUCUUCUGUGGUAAACAAACAGCUUGGAUCCAUGUCACUUGAUGAGCAAGAGGGCAGUCAUCCUGAUUCCAGCACACGAACAGGGGGCAGUGAGCCAGUUCUUAGUCUGCAUUACAGUACAGAGGGAACUACUACAAGUACAAUCAAACUGGACUUUACUGAUGAGUGGAGCAGUUCAGGUUCAAGGGGAAGUGAAAUUCAAUUCAAGAAAAAUGAUCCAGAAGAAACCCAACAUUUACAAAGCGCUGGAGAACUAACAGAAGAACUCACAAAAUCAAAUAGUUCGACAAGUGAACUGUCUGAGCAGUCAGGUAAACGAACAUGCAAGGUCCGACAUGUGGAGGCAGAUGAAACCAGUAAAGAAGUAGGUGCAAUAGAGGAGAGCAAGAAUAAAGAGGAUGAUAUCUGCCGCAGUAUCCCAGCAGGUCCAGAUGGGGGAAAUGAACAGCAGGAAGAAGAUGCUUUGCUUCAAAGCACAGAAAGCAAUGAGAACUGCAACAGAAUAACUGAGUCCAAUCAGCCGUUGGAACCAGUGACACCGACUAAUCGGGAUGAGUCGACCAGAGCUGUUACUCGGGAAACAGAUGACAGUGAUGACGAUCCUAUUUUAAUUCCAUCUGCAAGGUUUCGGUCAGGACCAGGACAUAGAUUUACUUUCAGAGGAAUGGCAGUGGGUGAUAGAAUGAGGCGUUCUGCAGCUGCCCGUAUCCAGGAGUUAUUCAGAAGAAGGAAAGAAAAGAAUGAAAUGGAAGAACUAGAGGCUCAAAACAUAAGAAAACCUACAAUAAAAAUGGUGUACAAAGGGCAUCGUAACUCCAGAACAAUGAUCAAAGAAGCCAACUUCUGGGGUAAUUAUUAUGUAAUUAGUGGUUCAGACUGUGGUCAUAUAUUCAUAUGGGAUCGGCAGACAGCUGAGCUACUGAUGUUAUUGGAAGCUGACAACCAUGUGGUAAACUGUCUGCAACCUCAUCCUUUUGAUCCAAUUCUGGCAUCCUCUGGCAUAGAUUAUGACAUCAAGAUAUGGACACCACUGGAGGGUAUGCCUGCCUUUGACAGAAAACUGGCAGAUGAAGUGAUAAGUCGCAAUGAAUUGAUGUUGGAAGAAACCAGGAACACCAUCACAGUCCCAGCAUCUUUUAUGCUCAGAAUGUUGGCUUCACUCAAUCACAUUAGAACUGAUCGGUUAGAAGGUGACCGUUCAGAAGGGUCUGGGCAAGAGAAUGAAGAGGAUGAAUAACUGAUUUGCAGGCCGCAAGCACAAAAAAGCAUCAAGAAGUUUGUAUAACAGAAAAUUCAGUAUAUUUUCCCUACAAAGCCUUAGUGUUAUUUUAGUUCCUUUUCUUUCUGAAAACUAACUUUAAUAUGAAAUUUUCUUGGUGGAAAAUGUGUGCAUGAAUUAGGAAGAGGAAGGAGGCAAAGAAUAAGUGAGGUGUUUCAAUUAUUAUGUUUUGUGGAUGAGAGUUGCUUGGAGGUUUCAAGUGCAAUAUAUUCUCUAACGUGCAAAUUCAUGUGCUUGGAUCAGUGUUAAGAGUGUGAAGAUUUAUUAAACACUAGAAAGGAGGGUAAAGGUGAAACCUUUCGAUACCUGCUGUUAUGCAUGUACACUGAUUAAAAAAAAAAGCUUUUUCAUUAAAACAUUGGUUGUUUUAAAAA